CAGGAAGCUGCGGCCCAGGGAUCAGGACAGCUUGUACCGGAAGACAACACCUUUGCCUACCUGGGUACCACCAAUACGUCAGUCGCCAGUUGCUCGGCAAAUCAGCAACACAACAUUCUUUCGUUUCCACUACCGCUCGAGCAGAAAGGUGCAGAUAUGAUCUAGCUACUGCUAUGCGUUGCUUCAGCACUGUUCACUCACGAUGAAGCCUACUGCAUGGCCUCUCCUGCUUCUGCAGGUCUUCUCGCCAGUCUGGGCAGAUGCGAAUCACGAACACACGACAGCCGACGUAGUCCACGGUCAUGAGACCAGCCAGUCUUACCGAGAGCCCGGUGCGGACCACGUCGAUGCCGCCAUCGCCAAGCUGCACGAGAUACAUCCCCCAUCCCACCACCACCAGAGGCGCAAGAAACCCGGAAUCCUGGGCACCAUCGGCCAGUUGGCAUGGAAGGCCGUCCCGAGCCUGCGCAUGAGCGCUCCACCAGAAGACGGCAACGGCGGUAGCAGCCACAAGACCAUCGACCCCCGGCUCGCCGAUGCAGUUAAGCACCUCGAGGCGGCCACCCACAAGAACAAUUCCGACGCUCUCUACCUACUCGGACACAUGAACUUCUAUGGCAACUACACACACCCAAGGGACUUUAAGAUGGCCUUUCACUACUUCCAGCAGCUCUCCGACCUGAACGGAAACAGCUCCGCCAUGUACAUGGUUGGUCUCAUGUACUCCACCGGCGUCGGAGGCUCGGUACAGCGGGACCAGGCCAGGGCACUGCUCUACUACACCUUCGCCGCGCUUAAGGGGCACACCAGGGCCGAGAUGACCUUGGCAUCCCGUCACCACACCGGCGUCGGCACCCCCAAGAGCUGUGAGACGGCUUGCAAGUACUACAAGAAUGUCGCGGACAAGGUCAUGGACUGGUACCGAUCGGGCCCACCCGGCGGCAUGAGCUGGACUAGGGAGUCCUCCCACAUCGCCGACGACUUCGGAGGCCUGUACGGCGAGGGAGCAAGUGUGUCCAGCUCUGGCAUCAACGCCGUUCGUCACCACCCUCACUCGGAUGCCUACGCAUCCAUCGAGGACAUUAUUGAGUACUUGGAUCUCAUGUCUAAUAAGGGUGAUUUUAAGUCGUCCUUCAACCUUGGCCGGAUUUACUACGAGGGCCAGAGGGGGUUGGAGCGGAAUCUCGGCAUGGCGGCCAAGUAUUUCUUCAUGGUGGCUAAGAAGUACUGGAAGCCUAACGGGCGAAUCGAGGAUAACUUCAAGCCAGGCCUUGAUAAGAUAGCAGCCAAAGCCGCUGGGUUUCUCGGCCGCAUGUAUAUGCGCGGCGAGGGUGUGCAGCAGGACUUUGACAGGGCCAAGUUCUGGUUCGACCGCGGCAUCUCCCACGGGGAUGCCCAGUCCCAGUUCUGCCUCGGGCUCAUGCUACUAAGGGGUUACGGUGUGCCCACAAACAUUGGAAAGGCUACUGAUCUCUUCAAGGCCUCCGCCGAUCAGGACUAUGCCCUGUCGCAAGUCCAGCUUGGUGUCCUCUUCCUUGACCGUGGGCAGCCGGAUGAUGUGCGCGUGGCCAACGACUACUUCGAGCUUGCCGCUAGGUAUGGCAACAUCGAGGCGCAGUACUACCUCGCAGAGAUGAUCCACCAUGGCAUCGGCCGGGACAAGGCCUGCGCCCAGGCUAUGACACUGUACAAGACGGUGGCAGAGAAGGCCGAGCCCCUCGUAUCGACGUGGCACGAGGCAAACAAUGCCUACGAAGAUGGCGACUACGAGCUUGCCUUCCUGGGUUACUUACAUGCAGCCGAGGAGGGCUACGAAUCUGCCCAGAACAACGUUGCCUACCUGCUCGACACGAGGCAGUCGAUGCUGUCCAAUAUUCUCGGGCUCAGCGAGGCUAGAUCUUCUCUGAUGGACAACCCCGCUCUUGCGCUCAUCUUUUACACUCGAUCGUCGAGACAAGGCAACAUGGACUCGCUGGUCAAGAUGGGCGACUACUACCUCGACGGGAUAGGCACGGACCUUGACAUCGACAAGGCUGUUAAGUGCUAUACAGGUGCAUCUGAGUAUCACCAGUCGGCUCAAGCGCUGUUCAAUCUCGGCUGGAUGCACGAGAAUGGAGUUGGGUUGGACCAGGACUUCCACCUGGCUAAACGCUAUUACGACCUCGCCCUUGCUACCAACGAUGAGGCAUACCUACCCGUGAAGCUGAGCCUGCUCAAGCUGCGUGCGAGGAGCUACUGGAACACGUUGACGCAUGGGCGGAUUAACUCGAUCCAAGACGAACCAGAAAACAACAAAGACUGGUCCUUCAGGGAGUGGGUCAACAAUUUUAUCCAGGAUGAUGGGCUCUUCUACGACGACGUCAUGUACGACGAUAUCUACGACGACACCAUGCCGGGAGGCGACGCACCUCACUACCCAGGGGCAGAAGACGACGGCUUUAUAGACACGCUGAUCAUCAUGGGACUGGCCAUGGCGCUCGCAUUCAUCGUCUACUACAGGCAACACCGGGAGCGUGCUGAGCAGGCUCGGAGGCAGAGAGAGCAACAGCAAGGACAGGGCCAAGGCCAGCAGCAGGGAGGGAACGCUGGCGCAGCCCCUAACAAUGGCGGCUUCCAACCACCAGUAAACCCAGCGUUUGAGGAUUGGAUUGCCGGUGGAGCUGCAAUCUGAUUCGAGACAGAAGAAAGCGACUGUAUUGUACAUAAGAUCAUACGAUAAGUUCACAUUGGUUCACUAAACUACAUAUUUAAGCACUGG